AUGACUGACUUAGAUCGAUGGAUGAAGACACAACUAGUCGAACUGAAUAUAUUCGAAAGUGAAGCAUCACGUACAAGUGCUUUUCAUUUGCGUACUGCAAUCAUUACAACUCGUGUCUAUCUAUUAAUGUUAGUAUUGGCCAUCACAAUUUUGAUUACUUUUACUUUAUUAAAAAAUCAAACUGAAACUGUGAGUGUAUUGAAUCCGGCUGAAGUUAUCUAUGAUGAUUUAUAUAAAAAAUAUCCAACAACAAUUCAAUGUCCUUGCAAACAUAUUUCAAUGCAUUAUCAAUCAUUCAUAUCCAUAUCAGUUCGAUAUCAUCCUAUUUGUUCUAGCUUAUUCAUAUCUGAUAGAUGGAUUAAUAUUCUUUUCAAUACAAAUAUAAGCUUUUUUUAUCCAAUUGAUUUUCGAUCAUCAGCUACAGGUCAAUUUCAACUACUUGCAUCGCUUUGUUCACUUGCUUUGACAUCAGUAUCGGAUGCUAUUGAUGACUUUCUUUCGGCUAAUUUUCUAACACCAGAUGUUUUCUCACGUUUACAAUUCGAUGAACAAAUCCGAGCGCAAAGUUCGUUUGUACAAAUAUCAACAGCAAAUGUUUUCCAAAAUCUACUUCGUCUCCUACGUUCGACUACUUACAGUAAUCGAUUACAGACUGCAUUACAAACAUCUCGAUCAUAUUUAUUCGAACUCAAUGUUAAUAAUACAGCAUCUGUAUAUUCAUGGGGUCCGACUUUUCUUGAUAUUAGAAGAAAGUAUUGUUAUUGUAAUCUUGGAGCAACAUGCUUCUUGCCCUCUACUUUCUAUCUUCCUACUGCUUAUGCCGUUCCUAAUUAUGGCGUGUAUAGAGGGACUAUACGACCCAUGGCUAAUGUGACCGGUUUCGUAGCUGGAUGCUAUCCUAUUGAAUCAGUUCUUCGAUCAACACUCGAAUGUUUCUUUGAUUCAUCUUGUUUAAAUACAGUGCUACAAUUCUUUUCUUUAUCCAUCAAUAGCACUUUCCAUAGUUUAAAUCACAAUCAAACACGAUUUCAUCCACAAGAUCCUAUCGAGAGAUUAGUCAAUGAAUCAUUUAUCGAAGAUUGGACAACAAUAAGAUCAUUUUCAUCAUAUUAUGCACAAUGUGAGCCCAUUUCAUGUACGUACACUUUCACACGACAUAAUGAUGUAUUGUACGUAAUAACGAAAUUAUUGGGUCUCUAUGGUGGACUCGCUAUUGCUCUUCGUCUUCUCGUGUCACAUACAAUUGCUUGGUGGCGUACACGUACCAAUCGACUGAGACGUCCGACAAAUGUUAAUACAACAUCGAAUGUUGAGCAACAAAUUGUAACUAUCAAAAAUCCUUCAAAAAUAGUUUAUGAAAAUUUAUUUAAAAAGUAUCCAUUAACAUUGAAAUGUCCAUGUAAUCAAAUAGUGAUACCCUAUGGUUCAUUUAUUUCAUUUUCACCUGAAUAUCAUCCAGUAUGUUCAAGUUUGUUUAUUUCCGAUGAAUGGAUCAUUUCAACACGUGGAAGAACUUCGAUUGAUAUAUAUCCUACAGUAAAAUUUGAAGAAUCCGGUCCAUAUUUUUUUAAUACAUUAGCUGCAUUAUGUUCAUUAACACAAAGUACUUUGUCUAAUGCUUGGCAAAUUUUUAAUCGAUCAUCAUUGAUCACUGUUCAAGCAUUGUCCUAUGAAGAAUUAAUCGAUCGAUCCAAUGCAACAUUACAACAAUUUAUUCGAAAUACACUAGCUGAAUUUAAACGUAUUCGUAGAUUAAUUUCAACACAUAGUCAUAGUAUGUUCUUAGCAGAUUAUAAUACAAAAUUUUCUACUUCACAUGUAAAUAAUAAUGAUACAUUUAUUGAAUUUUCUUCACUACCAAUGAUUAUUGAGAAUUGUUCAUGUGCAAUUAAUAAUGAAUGUAAAAAAUCGAUCGGUUUAUAUUCCUAUUAUGAUGAACAACUCAUAUUUGAAAUACCGAAUUUAUUUAUUAGUUGUUCAAUCAUUCAAGGUGUUCUAGAAUCAUCACUCGAAUGUUUUUUUAGUCAAUCCUGUUUAGAUAUUGUUCAAUGGUAUAUUAUAUCAACGGAAUCUAUAGAAAUACCUAUUCUAAAUGCGAGUAAUACUCGCUUUUUACCUGAAACACCUAUUGGCGUAUUACUCGAUUCACUUAUGAUCGAACAAUGGGGCCAUCAUAUUCAAUACGAUCAAUACUUUAAUCAAUGUGCAACAAAAUUGUGUUCAUAUACAUUUAUAUCACAUCCUAAUCCGUUGUAUGUGAUAACAAUAUUAGUUAGUUUAUUCGGUGGACUCUCUAUUGCAUGGAGAAUAAUCUUGCCGAUCAUUGUUGGUAUUAUACGGAAUCGUAUGCGAUCGAAAAUUUCCCCCGCAACUAGCACACAAACAAAUCAUCCUCUCCGACUGAUCGAUCACAUACAAUGUGUAUGGGAAUCAUUGAAGAAUAAAUUAUUGAAAUUCAAUGUAUUCGGAAAUGAAGCAACAUGGAAUAAUGAAUAUCAUAUUCGUACAGAAAUUCUUGAUACUCGUAUCUAUAUUCUUUGUCUUGGUAUUUCAAUAAUUAUUCUAAUCAUUUAUACAUCAUUAAUAACUCAAACACAAUCGAUUAUCAUCAAUAAUCCAUCUUUAAUACAAUUCGAGCAUUUGCAAAAAAAUUCGAAAUAUUCUUCUACAUUAAAUUGUCCAUGUCAAAAUAUUUCUAUUGAAUAUAAAUCAUUUAUUAAAAUAAAAAUGGAUUAUCAUCCAUUUUGUUCGAGUGAUUUUAUUUUAAAUUCAUCAAUAUGGCUUAAUCAAAUUUAUUUUUCUCAAGCUACUCUCAUUUAUUCCUAUAUCGAUUAUCGAUUAUUUAUUGUAUCUCAAUUUCAAUGGCUUAUUUCAUUAUGUACUUUAGCGAAUGAGACAUUAUCCGAUGAAUUAAUUCGUUUUUAUUCAAAUACAUUCAUUAGUAAACAUUUACAAUCACGUGAAAAUUUUGAACAACAAGUUAAUGUUACUAUUGUUCAAUUUCGUAUAUCAACACCACGAACAUUUUUACGUAUACUUGAUACUAUACGAUCGAUAGCACAAGGUAAUAGUAUUGUUUCAUCGACAAUGUCGAAUUGGUAUUUUUUUGCAUUAAAUCGAAAUGUUGAAGGUGAUUCAUUGUGGAGUCAAUCACGAUUCUAUGGUGAGAAUAAUAAUUGUUCAUGUGCUACAAAUGCAAUGUGUACAUCACAGGCUACUAUUAAUGGAUCAAUUGUGCCUGGUUUUCGUGUCGGUUGUUAUGCACUUGAAGCUCUUCUUCAAUCGACUCUUGAAUGUCUUUAUAAUAUAACAUGUAUUAAUGUACUAAAAAAUAUGUAUUAUUUUUCGAAUAUUACUUUUCGAUCACUUAGUCCUCUAGUUUCUUCAUCUAAUGUCACUGUUCAAACAUUGAUCAAUGAAUUAAUGAUUGUUCAAUGGGAAACAAAUGUUAAUUAUGAUCAAUAUUAUUUAUCAUGUGCACCAUUGCAAUGUAAUUAUUCAAUUCACGAACGAGUUAGUUUAAUGUAUAUUGUAACAACUAUUAUUGGACUAUUUGGAGGAUUGACAGUUGUACUCAAAAUUUUUGUUCCUAUCUCGGCAAAAAUUGUACGAAAAAUCCGAAUUUAUCAUAGACAACAGCGUACAGUGAUGACAAUAACUACAGUCGAAGAACAACAACAAAAUAAUAACAAUUGA